AUUUCUCUGAUCUGGCAACCUCCGCCCUGCGCUGCGGGAGUAGACCGGACCCGUCUCCCUUGGGUGUCCCCCGUAAAGUUUACCUAAUAUUGCCCACAAAAGUAGAAAUUAAUCUGUUUUAUUUUUGUUACUAAAUCUACGGAACUUGCCGGCCAUGUUGGGGGUAGCAGGCAUGCCGGGCAGUAUUUCCAAUGCCCUUGCCUCUGCAAACUGUGAGCGGUGUAAGAGCGGUUUUGCAGCGACGGAGAAGAUCGUCAACAGUAAUGGAGAGCUGUACCACGAGCAGUGCUUCGUCUGCGCCCAGUGUUUCCAGCAGUUUCCCGAGGGACUCUUUUAUGAGUUUGAAGGAAGGAAAUACUGUGAGCAUGAUUUCCAGAUGCUCUUCGCUCCAUGCUGCCACCAGUGUGGGGAGUUCAUCAUUGGGCGCGUCAUAAAGGCCAUGAACAACAGCUGGCAUCCCGACUGCUUCUGCUGCGACAUUUGCCAGGCUGUCCUCGCCGACGUGGGCUUUGUCAAGAACGCCGGCAGGCAUCUGUGUCGCCCGUGCCAUAACCGCGAAAAGGCUCGAGGUUUGGGCAAAUACAUCUGUCAGAAGUGUCACGCCAUCAUUGAGGAGCAGCCGCUGAUUUUCAAGAACGACCCCUAUCACCCUGACCAUUUCAACUGCAGCAACUGUGGUAAAGAGCUGACAGCAGAUGCGCGCGAGCUGAAGGGAGAGCUCUACUGUCUGCCCUGUCACGACAAAAUGGGCGUCCCGAUCUGUGGAGCGUGCAGACGGCCCAUCGAGGGGCGUGUCGUCAAUGCCAUGGGCAAGCAGUGGCACGUCGAGCAUUUUGUGUGUGCUAAAUGUGAGAAGCCCUUCCUCGGUCAUCGUCAUUAUGAACGGAAAGGACUUGCUUACUGCGAGACCCACUACAACCAGCUUUUUGGAGAUGUUUGCUAUCACUGCAACCGUGUGAUUGAGGGCGACGUGGUUUCUGCCCUGAACAAAGCCUGGUGCGUCAGCUGUUUCUCCUGCUCCACUUGCAACACCAAACUCACUCUCAAGAACAAAUUUGUUGAGUUUGACAUGAAGCCAGUUUGUAAAAAAUGUUAUGAGAAGUUUCCUCUGGAGCUGAAGAAGAGACUCAAGAAACUGGCUGAGUCUUUAGGACGCAAGUGAAAAAUGCUCACAGUCCUGGCUGCCUUAUAUCUGUCCUUUACAUUUGAUUUUAAUGCUACGUUGCCUUAAAACUGCAAAGAUACACUAUGUAAACCCAGUAGAUAACCAAACAUUUCAUUUUUGUAUGAAUUUGCUUUUUACAUGCAUUCCUAAAUUUUACUCUCUCCUUCAAGAUUUUUAUUAUCAUUUAGUGUCUGUUCCCUUGUGCCUUGACUAUUUCAUGCAGAUGCAUCGCAUUAAGUUACAGUAUAGUUGUAAUUCUUAAACAUUAAAGAUUUUUUUAAGCUAUAGCCUUCUUACUAAGUAGAACAUUAUCAACUGUCAACUUAGCUUGGCUUGUAGUAAAUGAAAAUUUUUCCUCAAGUUAAAGUGGCACUACAUAGAUUUUCUUUUAAGGUUUCUACCACCUGAAGUGUUUUUGUCAAUAAUUCUCCACAUUAAGGCAUUAAACUAAUCUAUCUUGCAUUUUCUUAAUAACAUUUUUAUACACUUUAUUGAAUAUUAAAAAAAAAAAAAAAGACACAUUUUUACUGUGAGUGGCGUUGCCUCUUUACAAAUCGAACUUGUGAUGUGGCGGUGUCACUGGCUUGUCUCAAUCAAAAAAGAUAAGUUUAAUGCCAUACUAUGAAACAUUCUUGCCAAAGCACUCACGGGACAAGCAGGUGGUGUAUCCUAAUGAAUUUUUUAUGUAUUGUGAACAUGUAAACAGCAGCUCUGGUGUGGUCAGUGUACAUCUUUCAAAAUAGCUAAAAGAGAAUUUUGAAUUGGCUUGCAUUCAUUUCAAAGGGUUUUUAUUUUCUUAAAUUUUGUCUCAUGAAUUUAAAACAAACUUCUAAAAUAAAUUUACUACAAUAAUGCAGUUUACUGAGCUGCACCUUUAACUAAAAUGGCCUUAUUGUAUUAAGCUGUCAAUCAUACAAUACCUACUAAUGAAUGGCAAAGUUAGCAUUUCCCUUUUUUAUUAUAUGAAAACGUGUCUGGUCUGUGAAGAUAUUGUCCUGUAUGUACUGUACUUUGUCUAAGCCUUUGUGUGUGUGUGUGAAAGUAUAUUGAUAUCAUACGGUAGUUACAUGAGGCUCAUUUGCCUUUAUUUUUAGUCUUUUAUUCCACUUCCGUGGGGCAGAGUUCAAAGUUAUUCAGAUGAGCAGAAUAUUUCACAUAGAAGUCUUUGAAGUUACGCUGUAAUGAGUCAGCAUGUAGCUUGGGGGCAUGGUACAGAGAUAUUAAGUUAUAUAUACAAUCUGUCUAUAUGCAUUUAUAUGAUGGUACCUAUAGAUACAUUUCUCUAAUUUGUUGUCUAUGAUGGUGGAUGCAAAGACAUAUGCAAAAAAGCAACGUUUAACAAGAAUAAUGUAAUCAAAAGCUUUACUCAAUAAAAGCAGCUAUAUUAACUUAA